AUGCUCGACAACCGCAAUCCAUGCCAAGGCAACCAGGGCUGCAGCGUGGGCUCGCUCCUGUGGAUGGGCGACCCCGCGCUGUCAGACAACCGGCUCAGCAAGGACAACCUGUGCGCAGACCGUUUGCAAGGCAACGGACUGGACAGCCGUGCGGUUGGCCUGAAUCACCAAAAGGGAGGUCUUGAGAAGCUCCGCCAACUGUGCCUUCACGUGGCCCCUGAAUAG